GGUGCCGCCUCCGCCUUCCCCUUCACCUCCUCCUGCCCCGCGCCCCGCUCUCCGCUGGGGCUGCACAAUCGGAGUUGCUCGUGUCGCGAAGGAGAUGCCCAGGGUCUCUGGGGCGCACCCUUCUGCCUCGCUUAUCCGCACCCAGCUUUGGAAGGUGCUCUGAGCAGCCACUCUCGGGGUCCAACCAAGACACCCUCUGGCCUCAGUCCUUCCCAAGACCCCCGACUUCAGCCGUUCUCAGAAGGGGCCGAGCCCCCUCUUGUCGCGUCCCUCAUGGCCAAGCCUCUGCUGCUGGUUCUCUACUUCGCUUUGGUUGUGGCUCAAGGCUGGGGGUCCAGCACUCCCCGCACAGGGACGAGCGAGCCCCCAGACGUGCAGACGGUGGUUCCCACGGAGGAUGCGACUCUGCAAAACGAGGCGGACAACCAGGAGAACGUCUUAUCUCAGUUGCUGGGGGACUACGACAAGGUCAAGGCCGUGUCAGAGGGCUCGGACUGUCAGUGCAAGUGUGUUGUGAGACCCCUGGGCCGAGAUGCCUGUCGGAGAAUCAAUGAGGGGACCUCCAGGAAGGAAGACUUCUACACCGUGGAGACCAUUACUUCAGGUUCAUCCUGCAAGUGUGCCUGUGUGGCGCCCCCGUCCGCCCUCAAUCCCUGUGAGGGAGACUUCAGGCUGCAAAAGCUACGGGAAGCAGACAGCCAGGACUUGAAGCUCUCCACCAUCAUAGACAUGCUGGAAGGAGCUUUCUAUGGCCUGGAUCUCUUGAAGCUGCAUUCGGUCACCACCAAACUGGUGGGGCGAGUGGAUAAGCUGGAGGAGGAAGUUUCUAAAAACCUCACCAAGGAAAACAAACAAAUCAAAGAGGACAUGGAAGAAGUUCAGACCGAGAUGAACAAGCCAGGCAAAGAGAACUGCACCACGAACGUCCUAGAUAGUAUGCCAGACAUCCGGGCAGCCCUGCAGAGGGACGCUGCGGCCGCCUACACCCACCCUGAGUAUGAGGAGCGGUUUCUGCAGGAAGAAACCGUGUCCCAGCAGAUCAACUCCAUCGAGCUCCUGCACACGCGGCCCCUGGCCCCUCCGGAGGUGGUGAAGCCACAGCGGCCCCUGCAGAGGCAGGUCCACAUGAGGGGCCGACCAGCCUCCAAGCCCACUGUCAUCCGGGGCAUCACCUACUACAAAGCCAAGGACCCUGAGGAGGAGAACGAAAUUGAAGAGCAGCAAGAUGAGUCUUUCAGCGGUGACAACGGAGUGGAUUUGCUGAUUGAAGAUCAGCUCCUGAGACACAACAACCUGCUGACCAGCACCACCCGGAGGCCAGCAACCACCCAUCACAGCACUGCUGUGACAACUGACCAGGGCACUCAGGCCACACCCCUGUCUUCAGCACUGCCGCAGGCCUCCACCUCCGCACCCAGCGUCACUGACCCUACUCUCCCUGCCUCGGAUGAACAAUCCUCAACAACACCCCAAACCACCUCUGUGAUGCCAGAUCCCACAGAGGAGGCUGUCCUUACACCUUCCACUCAGGGACCAGCUACCACUGUGGCACAGACAGCUACCCAGCCACCUCCAGCUUCAACUUCCCCAGCAGUGGUUCCUGGGGACGCAUUUAUGGAAGGUACCCUGGUGGCCCCCGUACCUCCCACCACAGUCAGGAUAGACUCGCUGAGGAAAGAUACUACUGCCUGGCAGAGUCCAAUCCCUGCCAGCCCCACCCUGAGCCCUGAAGAGGAAGAUGAUAUCCGGAAUGUCAUAGGAAGGUGCAAGGACACCCUCUCCACAAUCACCGGGCCGACCACCCAGAAUACAUAUGGGCGGAAUGAGGGGGCCUGGAUGAAGGACCCCCUGGCCAAGGAUGAGCGCAUUUAUGUGACCAAUUAUUACUAUGGCAACACCCUGGUGGAGUUCCGGAACCUGGAAAAUUUCAAACAAGGUCGCUGGAGCAAUUCCUACAAGCUCCCGUACAGCUGGAUUGGCACAGGGCACGUGGUGUACAAUGGCGCCUUCUACUACAACCGGGCCUUCACCCGAAACAUCAUUAAGUACGACCUGAAGCAGCGCUAUGUUGCCGCCUGGGCCAUGCUCCAUGACGUAGCCUAUGAGGAGGCCACCCCCUGGAGGUGGCAGGGCCACUCCGAUGUGGAUUUUGCUGUGGAUGAGAAUGGCCUGUGGCUCAUCUACCCGGCCUUGGACGAUGAGGGCUUCAGCCAGGAGUUCAUCAUCCUGAGCAAGCUCAAUGCCGUGGACCUGAGCAUGCAGAAGGAAACCACAUGGCGCACGGGGCUCCGACGGAACUUCUACGGCAACUGCUUUGUCAUCUGCGGGGUGCUGUACGCCGUGGACAGCUACAACCAGCGGAACGCCAACAUCUCCUACGCCUUUGACACCCACACCAACACGCAGAUUGUCCCCAGGCUGCUGUUUGAAAAUGAGUAUUCCUACACUACCCAGAUAGACUACAACCCCAAAGACCGCCUGCUUUAUGCCUGGGACAAUGGCCACCAGGUCACCUACCAUGUCAUCUUUGCCUACUGACACCCCUGUCCCCCACAGGCAGAAGCUGCAGAGGGGCCACUAGCACCUUGUAUGUAUGUUUGUGAGUGUGUGUGUGUAGAUGGGUACGCAUUGUUUUUAAAAUAUAUAUAUUAUUUUGUAUAAUAUUACAAAUGGUAAAAUGACAAGCUGGGUCUAUUUUUUUUUUUUAACAUGGAUUGUAGAUCAAUCCAUAUGUGUAUGUGCUGGUCUCAUCCUCCACAGUUAAUAUUUUUGUGCAGAUUUCUUCUUUUGACCAGUGACCAUCUUCCUUCUAACCCCUAACCCCUCUGGCUCCCAGAUCUCAAAUGUUUAAAGUUUUCUUCAUUUGGGCCUUGCAGGCAGACAACACCAGGAGCAGGAGUGAAGGAAGCAAGAAAGAAGUACUAAGUGGUGGGGAAAAAAAAAAAAAAAGUUUUAUGUAUUGGAGAAGUUUUAAAAAACCCA